AUGGCCGACCGCGAACAGCCAUACGACCCUUACAUUCCAUCUCAGUCGAAGCCUGGUCAUGAUGGUUCGGCCGCGGGAAACCAGAGGACGGCGGCGCUGCAAGCUCAAAUCGAUGAUACCGUCGAUGUGAUGCGAGAGAACAUCAACAAGGUCUCGCAGCGUGGUGAACAUCUUGACUCUCUACAAGACAAGACCGACAAUCUCGCCGUGUCUGCCCAGGGAUUCCGUCGGGGAGCAAAUCGCGUGAGGAAGCAGAUGUGGUGGAAGGACGUCAAGAUGCGUAUAUGGUUGAUCAUCGGUAUUAUCGUGCUGCUCGUCAUCAUCAUAGUACCAGCCGUCGUUGCAUCGAAGCAUAAGUGA